UCAAAGAUACAGUGUUAACAGCACUGGGAGAGCCUCACUCGGAGCCGCUGGUACCGGAGAACUAUCGUCUAGAGCCUCGGGGGUAGGAGCUGCACCAUGCAGCUGAUGGUAAUCGCAGCCUGAAGGUCAGUGAGGUUUUCAAAGUGAGAAUUUGCAGACAGAAAACUCAAACCAAACAACAUGCCAAGAGCUGACAGUCAUUCAAUUUCUGACAAUCUGAAUAUCAUGACAUUUGAAUUUAGAAUCAGAAAUAUUUAUCUGUUUUGUGAGAAAUGAUUUUACACAUCAGUUUAACUGGAAAUUCAGAUUCGUACAUACCCCAGAGUGAUUGUGUUCCAGUGUGCUGACUGUGGAAGGAGCUUUAUCCAGUUUCACAGCUUUAAAAAACAUAGCAUCAUUCAUACUGGAAGAAACUAUAUCUGUGUGGACAAGGCUUCAGUUGAUCGUCCAACCUGGAGCGACAUCAGGAUGAGCAUGCCAUGGAGAAACCAUGGAAAUGUGGGGACUGUGGGAAGGGAUUCGAUUACCGGUCUCGGCUAGAAAUUCAUCGACGCAAUCACACUGGGGAGAAACCAUGGAAAUGUGGGGACUGUGGGAAGGGCUUCAAUUUUCCAUCCUUGCUAGAAAUUCAUCGACGCAGUCACACUGGGGAGAAACCUUGGAAAUGUGGGGAUUGUGGGAAGGGAUUCAAUUACCAAUCCUUAUUGGAAACCCAUCGACACAGUCACACGGGGGAGAGGCCCUUAACCUGCUCUGACUGUGGGAAAGGAUUCACUGAUUCAUCUCAGCUACUCACUCACCAGCGAGUUCAUACUGAGGAAAGGCCCUUCAGCUGUACUGACUGUGGAAAGAGGUUUAGGCAUUCAGGCACCCUCACAGUACACCAGCGGGUUCACACAGGGGAGAGGCCAUUUAGCUGCACUUACUGUGGAAAGGGCUUUAGACAGUCAAGCUCCCUCACUGUUCAUCAACGCGUUCACACUGGGAGGAAGCCAUUUGCCUGCUCCAAAUGUGAGAAAGAAUUCACUCAGUUAUCACACCUACUGACACACCAGCGAGUUCACACUGAGGAGAAACCGUUCCACUGUACUUACUGUGGGAAGGGGUUCAGGCAUUCAGGCACCCUCACUGGACACCAGAGGGUUCACACUGGAGAAAGGCCGUUUAUCUGUUCUGUUUGUGGGAAGGGAUUCGCUCAUGCUUCUGACCUGCGGAGACACCAGCGUGUUCACACUGGGGAGAAACCCUUCACCUGUUGUGUGUGUAGGAAAGGAUUCACUGAUUCAUCCGCCUUGGUGAAACACCAGCGUGUUCAUACUGGGGAGAGGCCAUUCACCUGCUCAGAAUGUGGGAAGGGAUUUGCAGAUUCAUCUUCCCUAUUGACACACCACCGGGUUCACACUGAGGAAAAACCGUUCCGCUGCACUUACUGUGGAAAGGGGUUCAGGCAUUCAUGCACCCUCAUUGUACACCAGCGAAUUCACACUAAUAGAGGCCAUUCAUCUGCUCCAAGUAUGGGAAGAGAUUCACUGAUUGGAGUUUGAACUAGUGGCAGCUAGUAUGAUAGGGUUUCAUAAUUAAUUUGUUACUGUUUCUGGAUACAUGAUUCUUAAAUUAUUAUGUGAGACCAAGCUGUUUGUCAAAUUACAAUAGGAAUUUGUUAGCAUUGUGAGAGUUUUAUGACUGCACUGAGCAAAAAUUGAAAAGCGCACCUUCCCCCUCACCUCCGUCCAAGGCACCAAAGGAUCCUUUUCUAUCCGGGAGAGAUUUUCCUGCACAUUGAAACACCUAAUCUACUGUGUCAGUUGGUUUUGAUGUGGUCUCCUCAACAAGGGGGAGACAGAACGCCAACUCGUGGAAUGUUUCAGGGAACAUCUCUGGGAUACAUGCACCAAACAAACCCACCGUCCUGCGGAUGACCACUUCAACUCCCUCUCCCACUCUGCCAAGAACAUGCAAGUCCUGGGCCUCCUCCACCACUGCAUCCAAGCCACCGGAUGAUUGGAAGAAACCUUCCUCACCUUCUGCCUUGGGACUCUCCAAACACAUGGCGUCAAGGUCAACUUCACCAGUUUCCUUAUCUUCCCUCAC